AGAUAGUGUUAGGGUUAUUUUGGAGUUAGUUCAUUCAUGAUAUUUUGAGAAUACAAGACUUAUAAUAUUUUGCACUUCUCUCUUCCGUUGGAGAAGCUCAAAAUCAAAAUUCCCAAUUGGAGUGACACUUGGGUUGAAUCUUGGCUAGAAACUAGGAUCUUGAGGUCAUUGAGUUCCUCUUGGUCCAAGUAAGAGCUUGGUAAUAAUAUUCUUUAGUCUUAGGGUCAUUUCAUGUUGUUAGGGUUCUUAGAUUCUUGAAUAUUGUAUAUCAAGUUACUAUCUUUAAUUUGUAAUCUUCUUGUUUGUGUGGUAAGAUAGUGAAGUCCUGUGGGUCCAUUUUCGAUUCACUAUAGUUGAUGCCACUUUGUUGCUCUUGUUGACGUUAUUGUAAUCUUGUAAUCUCUAUCAUCUUGUCAUUUUUUUGUAAACCUUGAAGUUUAGUGAAGCUGUGUGUGGCUUAUUUCGAUUCACUAGCAUUGUUGUUGUUCAUCUUGUUAUUCUUGUGUUGGCUUGACUCUCUUGAUACACACUCACUUUUGUAUCAACUAGUUACCUCUUGAUCAUGGCUGAUAUUCUUUACAAGUUUGCUGCUGAAAUCUUGAAAAGCUUGGAUUCUCUUGCUACUCAACAACUACGGAUUGUUAUUAUUGCUGUCAAUGUUAUGUAUCAUAAUAAUAAUUCUUUUCUUAAAUGAAAAAGGCUUGAUACAUGAUCAACUCCUCAAACUUGUCAGAUAUUCCAUUUAGGCACUCGAACAAAGUCUUGUCUCAUAUUCCAUUUAGACAUUCGAACAAAGUCUUGUUUCAGUUUAACACCUUAAUUCCUAAGAAUGUGUUCCAUUAGGCACUCUUUGGUUUAAGUUUUGGAUUUAUAUAUUUUGGUGUGCAUGUUCUCAUAUUGUUUAUUAGGUAGUUAAAUUAACCACAUAAAAUAGAUCAUUUCCUUUAUUUAUGCAUAUUCGCCUCAAUAAGUUGUAAAAUCUAAGGCCUUUUCCACUUGAGGUUGGUGGGUAUAGCUAAAGGAGACAUAUUUUAUGUGAUUAACAUUGCUAUCUAAUGGACGAAUGAAAACACAAUCAUAUUUUUUUUUUCAAAAUUUGAAUCGAUUAGUGUCCAACUGGAACAUUUUAUUAAGAAUUGAGGUGUUCAGUUGGAACGGGACUUAGUCCGAGUGUCUAAAUGAAAUAUCUAACAAGUUCAAAUUUGUCCAGUAACUUAGUUUAAGACGGUUAGUGUUCUGUAAGUUAGUUACAAAUAUUGUUAGGAAGUUGGUUGAUGUAACAGUGUAACUGAAUCCAUGUAAUUGUGCAACAGAACCGUAUUAAAUUAUUGUGUUUAUUUUGAUAUAUUUCUCUUUUGUUGUUUGAUAUAUUGUUUAACGUUCACUAACACCUUGUUAUGUGGCCCACAGUUAAGUAGUCUGUUAAGUGCUGAAAAUUGUGGUCAAGUUUAAUCAUAAGAUUCUUUAUUCUUUUUUUUCAUAAUUGUCCUACAAGAUAAGGUUGUGAUUGAGUAGUGACUAUCAAGUUCAAAAGUCUAAUAAAACUCCCUACUUUUCCAUGUAUAGUAUUGUGGGAGAUGAAUGAAGGAGACGUACGGUAAAUACUUACUCGUAUUCGAGUCUAAUUAAAUGUAAACACUCAACACAAAUAAGUUUGUACUGAAAAAUAUACUAAGCUAUCCUUUUUCCUACAGGCAAUGAUGGAAUCAAAUCAGUUCAAGGGUGAUUAAUUGAGUUUCCUUUUCAUAAACAACAGUAUUCUUAGGUGAAACGUUUUUUACCGCAUAUUUUUUGAUUGUCAACCCCAUUUACAUAAUGAAAGCUUCGACAGUACUAGCAAUGUAAACAGUUAAUAGCAUUCGAAAUUUAUAUUUAACUAAAUAAUUAAUCUUAAGAAUCCCUAAAUCGGAGUGGAGUUACAUUUCAUUCAAUCGUGAAAAAGUGUUGCGAAGUAUAUAUGUUGUUCUUGGAGGGAGAAGCACCAAGUAGUUACAGUAUAUUCUUUUUUCCACUUUAUACCUAAUAAUUCCCAGAAAAGAAUCAGCCUCACAGAAAGGUUUUGUCAGCCAAUUAGAAUCAAAGGCAAGGCAACUUCUACAUUUUGCAACCCAAAAGGAAAAAAAGCAGAAAACUUGUUCAUCUUGUUGAUCAUGGCAGAAAUUCUGUUCAAUCUCGCUGCUGAAAUCUUGAAAAUCUUGGGUUCUCUUGCUGCUGAAGAAGUAGGAUCCAUUUACGGACUAUGCGAUGAGCUUAAAAAUCUUUCUGCUACAGUUUCUUCCAUUCAAGCCGUACUCAUUGAUGCAGAGGAGCAGCAGGGGAGUAGCAACCUGGUGAAGGACUGGAUAAAAAGGCUUAAGAAAGUGUUCUUUGAAGCUGAUGAUCUCUUGGAUGACGUCGCCACUGAAGUUAAGCAUCGAAAAUUGUUCAAUAAGGUUGGCAUCUUCUUCUCAAAAUCAAAUCCUAUAAUUUAUAACGGUAAGAUAAGUCAUCGUCUCAAGUCUAUUCGACGAGACCUAGAUGUAAUUGCAAAAGAUAAGGCCUCCUUAAACCUAGUUGAAAGGAGGCCGCAACCUUUGCUUCCGGAGCCUUAUUCAGUCCAAUUGAAUUUGGAUAGAGAGACUUAUUCAUUUGUGCCUGAAGGAGAAGUGAUUGGAAGGAGUGAUGAUAAAAACAAAAUUGUGGAUUUUCUUUUGAAUUCUAAGGUUGAAGAGAAUGUUGUGGUCAUAUCAAUUGUUGGUCUUGGGGGGCUAGGAAAGACCACUCUCGCACAAUGUGUGUUUAAUGAUGAAAUGAUUAAAAAGAACUUUGAUAAAACAUUGUGGGUUUGUGUUUCGGACGUAUUUGAAGUGAAGAUGAUUGCAGAAAAGAUCAUCGAAUCUGGAGUAGGAGAGAAGGCUAAUUACCUUCAACUAGAUGCAGUGCUGAAUGAGCUUAGGAAAAUGCUUGAUGGAAAGAAGUAUUUGCUAGUGCUCGAUGAUGUGUGGAAUGAAGAUCCUUUGAAAUGGUCAAGACUGAAGAAUAUGUUGAUUGGGGGAGCCAAGGGAAGUAAGAUUUUACUGACUACUCGUUCAGACGUGGUGGCGGAAGUUUCAGGAAGUGUUCACCAAUAUAAAUUGGGAGACCUUUCAGAGGAAGACGCAUGGACAUUAUUUGAAAAAAUGGCAUUUGGAUGUAACAAAGAGAGUGAAAAUUUGAAUUUGGUGGAAAUAGGAAAGGAAAUUGUGAGGAAGUGUGGAGGAGUUCCUCUUGCAAUAAGGUCGGUAGGAAGCCUACUGCGCCUCAAAAGAACGGAGGAUGAGUGGAUGUACUUCAAGAAUAAAGAUUUGUCAAAUAUCAUACGAGGAGGAAAUGAUCUAAUGGCCAUUUUGAGAUUGAGCUAUAAUUACCUUCCUCGGCAUUUAAAGAUAUGCUUCGCAUAUUGUUCCCUCUAUCCAAAGGAUUUCGAAAUUCAAAGGUUUGAUUUGGUUGAUAUGUGGAUUGCUCAAGGCUUUAUUCAAGCAACUACUAGCAACAGAGAUAAUGUGGAGGAUGUUGCAAAUUCAUAUUUCGUGGAUUUGUUAAGAAGGUCAUUCUUUCAAGAAACUGAAGAACAUGAACCGUUUAUGCAAUUUUACAAAAUGCAUGAUCUUAUUCAUGAUCUCGCGAAAGAAGUUGCAGAUAGGGACUUCUUCAGUAUCACUAAAACGGAAGAUACAGAAGUUGUACCUGAACAAACUCUCUACGCUUCUUGUUUAUUCAAGAUUGAUGGUUCAUCGGCAUUUCCCAAUUCAUUCUAUAGGAAGCAUAUGGACUUGCGUACAUUUAUUUUUCUAAAUGAUCGUUCUUCAGUCAAUGUCCUUAGCAAUUCAACUUUUGAGAGAAUUAUCUCAAGUUUUUCACGCUUGCGCGUCCUACAUCUAGGUUACCUGAAUAUAGAAUUUCUGCCUCAAUCUUUAGGUGGACUGAAGCAUCUAAGAUAUCUCUCUGUUUCUUCUUGGAGCAUUGUUACUUUACCUAAUACCAUAACAAAAUUGCAUAAUCUACAAAUUCUGGAGUUGGUUGAUUGCAGAGAACUCCAAAAUUUGCCAAGAGAUAUUUGGAGAUUGGUGAGCCUUCGACGUUUGGUAUGUCAAGGGUGUCGCUCAUUAACCCAUAUUCCGCCUAGAAUUUUGCAGUUGACAAGUCUCAUGCAUUUGGAUUUCGAUGGUUGCUCAUCCCUAGAAGAUAUGCCAGCUGGAAUUUGUCAAUUGACAUCUCUACGGACGUUGCCAAGUUUUAUCAUAGGCAAAGAAAGUUGCAUAUCUGGUCAGGCAAGUGACAAGUUGAAUGAACUAAAAGGCCUUGUUAAUCUCAAAAAUAGCUUAACCAUUAUAUUCAUGGGACGAGCUCGCACAAUUGGAGAAAGAACACCGACAGAUGUAGUGAAAAGGAUGGGACGAGCUUGCGCAAUUGGAGAAAAAACACUGACAGAUGUAGUGAAAAGGAUGAAGCAUCUUCGACUGCUGAGUGUAGAGUUUGAAUAUGGAAAUUACGGGGAUGUUGAUACUGGAGCUGAUACGAUGAUGUUGGAAGCCUUGCAGCCUCACCAAAACAUUCAAAGAUUGCGAAUAGUAAAUUACAAUGGCUCAAGGUUUCCAAGUUGGUUGAUGGUUGAGAAUCUUGACCUUUUGCUGCCCAAGCUUGUUCAUCUACAUAUAGAAGAUUGCCAUAAAUGCCAAAAGCUUCCACCGCUAUGGAAACUGCCUUCUCUCCAAAGUCUUGAACUACAGUUUCUCAAUGAACUUGAUGGUUAUGAUGAGAAAUUCAUGCAACCAUCAAAGACUCUUACAGAUGAACACUGCUACUUUUUUUCCCUAAAACAACUUCAACUGCAAGGAAUAAGUGAGAAGAUAUUGAAGCAAAUACUUUGCCCACCUCCUCAUCAUCCUUCUCCUCUUUGCAACUUGAAAGAGUUGACUCUAGUUUUUGUUGAAAGGCUAGCAACUAUGCCAGAGGAUGUGUUCAAGAAUCUCACGUCGCUCCAAUCUUUGUUUAUUCUAAAGUGCAAAAAUCUGGUUUCUCUAUCCACAUGUCUAACUCAUCUCAUUUCCCUUGAGUCUUUGUCUAUAGAAUUUUGCCCUCUGCUUGACUUGUCCGUGGAUGAAGCACCAAUGCGUUUCGAAGUACGGGGGAACUUAUCAACUUUCAGUGUUGUCGGGCUUGACAAGCUUUUGUCGCUUCCACUGUGGCUCCAACAUUUCUCAGCUACUUUGAAAUCAAUAGACAUUAGUGGAUGUCGUAACUUGGCAACAAUUCCAGAAUGGAUAGGCGACCUCAUUGCCCUUGAGUCUUUUUAUAUAGAGGAUUGCCCCAUGCUCGACUUGUCCAAGGAAGAAGCAAUGCAAUUUCAAGCCCCAGGAAACUUAUCAACUUUUAGAGUUGCUAGGCUUUACAAGCUAAUGUCGCUUCCACUAUGGCUCCGACAUUUCUCAGCCACUUUGAAAUCAAUAUACAUUCAUGGAUGUCCUAACUUGGCAACAAUUCCGGAAUGGAUAGGCGACCUUGUUGCCCUUAAUUUGUUGGUGAUUUUUGAUUCCCCUAUGUUGACAUCCUUGCCAGAAGGCAUGAGAUCUCUCACAGCAUUGCAAACGCUAGAUAUUUCCUGGUGUUCAUCAAUCCUGAAGCGAAGAUGCGAGAAGGAAGUAGGAGAGGACUGGCCUAAGAUUGCUCACAUCCCAACUGUGCGGACAUAGGAGGUUCCGGACUCUGAUGGCUUUACAGGAGAGCUUAAAGAAAAAUGUUGGUGUUUCAACUGUGUUUUUGGGAGUCAGUUAAAAAGUUGAUAAUUCAGCAGAACUGUUUUAAGGCUUCCACUUUCAUGAUUCUUUAUUGAAUGAUUCUGUUGGCCCUUGAAGUAAAGUGGACACUAUUUUUGGCAUUUUCUUCAUUUCUGCAUUUGCUAUUUAAUUGCACGAUACGUUUAUAUAGUUUUGUUGAUUCUUUAGUUCUCACCUUGAUGUUUGUUGAGGAGUAAUGUAUGCCGUAGAUUUGGUUUGGUUUCUCAAUAAUUUUGUUUAUAGUAGCAAAGCUUCGUAUUAAGAUGGUUUUCUUGAAUACAGUAUCUUAAGACGAA